CGUGCUGAGCAAAGUACCUAGACGAAGUUCAUCCUGACACCAUCGUUCAGUUCAUCAUCCAACAAUCAGCAAUGGCACCCAAAUCAUCCGCCACUUCCAAGGCUGUUGCCGCUAAGAAGGCCGUCGUCAAGGGCGUCCACGGAACCAAGGUCACCAAGGUCCGCACCUCGACCACCUUCCACAGACCCAACACCCUUCGUCUUCCCCGAACCCCCAAGUACCAGCGCAAGUCGAUUGCCCACGCUCCUCGUCUUGACCAGUACAAGGUUAUCGUUGGUCCCCACAGCAACGAGUCCACCAUGAAGAAGCUUGAGGAGUCCAACACCAUUGUCUUCAUUGUUGACAUCAAGGCCAACAAGAGACACAUCAAGGAUGCCUUCAAGAGCUUGUACAACGUUGACGUCUCCAAGGUCACCACUCUGAUCACUCCCACUGGUCAGAAGAAGGCCUACAUAAGACUGGAGUCGGAGAGCGACGUUCUUGACGUUGCCAACAGAGUCGGUUUUAUUUAAAUGGUUAAUCAGGGUAUAAAAAAGGCUUGAUUGGGAUUUGAGUGGUAUAAAAGAAACUUGUAUUUAUGUAAUCUAGUGGAAAACUAAAGAAUGAAGCAUCAUAUCACGCAAAUGAGAAAGCAAAUGCUGUAGUUGAACGAUU